AUGAAGGUGAGAAUUCCCAAAUUGCAUGGACCGCAUGGUGAUCACUGUGGCUCACAGAGUCCAAUUGUGAAGCAUGAUGAUAUGAUCAUGUACCUGUCUUUGGUGGCAGUGGAUAGUGUUGGCGUUGGUUACAGUGAUGAUGAAGGUGGUCAAUCCUGUCAUAGCUCAAAUGGCUUGUUACCUCCAAUAGCACAUGUCCAAGCUGGGUUCAACUACAAUUGCGAAAGAGGACAUGCUAAAAGAGUCUGGGUCUUUCAAAUUCGAGAGGGUCAAGUCUGUGGUUGA